AUGAAGAUCUUAACACGUGAAGAAAUCGAUGCCCAUAGCCAUUACACCUUGCUGGGUGGUAUAAAGGGUGCUGCUGCUGGUUUCCUAAUUUCGGCAGCUAUAUUCAAGCUAGUGCCUCGUCGCUACCCUAAAUUCAACCCACAGAACAUGACAUGGUCCAUUAAGACUGCUUUGUUUAUUACACCACCAACGCUUUUGGCAUCUAUUGUUGCUGAAGAGUCGUCUACGAAGUUUGACCAAAAAAUGUACAGCGGUGAUGCUUCUGCUGAUAUCAUUGCCGAGCACAACAGAUGGAAGAAUUUGCCAAUGAAGGACAAGCUACUGGAGGGCUUGUCUAACAACAAGUAUAAGAUCAUUGUUGGGUCAUGGGCUGCUUGUUUGUAUGGGUCAUGGAAACUUGUUGACAAAGAUCCAUAUAUGACAAAGGCACAAAAAGCUGUGCAAGCUAGAAUGUAUGCCCAAGGUUUGACUGUCUUUUUGUUGCUAGCAUCUAUUGGUCUUUCAAUGUACGAAGAAAAGCUACACCCAGAUCAAAAGAAGGAAGCUAGAGACCGUCGUUGGCAGGCGGCUUUGGCUCAAGCUGAGAAGGAAGAAAAGAUGACCGCUGCUGCCGGAUACAGAAGUAACGAAGACAGAGUUAACGCUAAAAUCUUCAAAUACGACUAG